AUGCACUUCAUCUGGAAACAUAGAUAUAGAUGUGUUUUCGACAACAUAACACCCAACUUUAGCUCUGUCAUUCAUCAAGUGAGAUAUUAUGUUGCACAACAUCAUUUGGAUUUCUUAUCUGAUGCUUAUAAUCUAACUGUUAGAGAUAGUCAUAUCUUGAAUCUGCCUUGGGAACCUCCUCCUGCACACUUCUUGAAAAUCAAUAUUGAUGCUUCAUAUAACAGUGCUUCUCUUUUAGCUGGUAUUGGAAUUAUAACGAGAAAUUCUGCAGGGGCAUAUGUUAUGGGAAGGGGAACAAUAAGAAGAGCUAUUAAUGCUCAGCAAGCUGAAGCUUGGGCUAUGCAAAUGGCAAUGGUAAAUGGAUGGACUCAUGUGAUAUUUGAAACAGAUAACUUAGGUAUCAGUUUGUACUUGCAGCAGAACUCUUCUCUUUCUCAUUGGCAGAGCGCUCCUCUCCUUAAAAGAUGUGUUAAUAUAUGUAAUAUUAAUCCCAUCUGGUCUUCUAAAUUUGUUUACAAUAGUUGUAAUAAAGCUGCAGAUGCUUUAGCUAAAGCAGCUCGUAAACUUAAUCUAUGUUGGGAUUGGUGGUUUCAACCACCUGAUCUUUUAAAUCCUUACAUAAGUUAUGAUGUAUCAAACCUGGUUGUUAUAUAA